GAGCUUGAAUACCUGCACCCUUCCCCCAUAUAAAUGUGACGAGUGGCAUGUGUUCAUGAGGUUCAGCUGGUUCAAGCUUACACUUCCAAGGCCAACAUUGAACAACUAACUGGAUUGCAUAUUGGACUGACCUUGUUUGCAGUUUUGCAAUUGCUUUUUGAAGGCAGUUUUGUUGCCAGUGUCUACUUGGUGCAUAAGAAAAAUCUUGGCCAUAAUGCUGUUCCCAUGAGAGAACUUUUCAAUGCAGUUACUUAAAAUUAUAGGGUUUAACAUCCUGAAACUUGCGCUGUAUCUUAUGAGAGACACUGUAUUGGAGGGCUUGGGGUUAAUUUGGCCACCUGGCGUUCCUUAAUGGCACAUAAAUCUAAGUGCACGAGCAUUCUUGCAUUUUGCCGCUGAUUGAAAUGUUCCUAGCAUUACCGAUAAUUGAAGUCACGACCUUGCACUCAACAGCAGAACGUCAUAGUCACUGAGCCGCAAGGAUACUCGAAACUUUGGAUUCAACAGCCUUUGUGUGGCAAUUGUGGCUGGUUGUAAUGCUUAAAUGUGGAACAUAAUGAUGAUGAUUAAAUCUUUUUGUAGAUGUUGCCCCAUGCCAAAUCAGUUCUGUGGAAAUUUUAUUAAAGUUUCACGAACUUUAGCAUGGAUUCAUGCUAUUGCCAGGUGGAUAACAAUUCCCUUUCAUUUUGUUCUCAUGUGUACACGACUCCCUAAUGACAUCUUGGUACAGAGCUUUUCACAUGUAAGAUCAAGGAUCCUAAGAGGCUGUCCAUGCAGGUUGCUGGCUCUAUGCAGGGAGGUUGCGAGUGAGCACUGAAGUGGGCAAGUGUCAUUUGUUGGAUACAAGAACAGGAUCACAAUGGCUGAAGAGAUGAGCACUAUGACAACAACGAUGAGCACAGCGGAAGCGGAUUCAGAGAGCUUCACGUCUAGCUUCGGAGAGGAGUACUGGCCCACCGAAGAAAUGCCGACAGCGGCGCGCCCGGCGCGCAUUUCGCCCGCGCUUAUAUGCGCCUACGGCAACUGGACGAACGUGGACACGGCCUUCCCGGAGGACGGCCUGUGCGACUACGCCUUCUUCGACGCCCUCUACCGGGGUCGCUCGCGGGAGGCCGACGUGGCCCGACUCGGGCGGCCCAGCGCCGCACUGCGCCGUUUCUUGAUUGGCACGCGCCGCUACAGGCGCACCCAGAACGGGGUGGCGAUCAGCUACAGAGGACUCAGGGGGGCGACGAAAGAUAUGGAGUCAUCGCACGCCGCGUCGGACAUGCGUACGCUUUGGAAGAACGGAGUUCGGCACCUGGGCGUUCUGGACUUCGUACCUGGCGCGGACGCUACCGAGGCGUCCGUCGAGCGCCUGUUCAAGUUUCUGCAGCUGUGCCGAAAGCUCCAAGACAAGGUCAUCCCGAAGACUGCGCUGCCGAAACCCUCGUUGGCUCUCGGGAUGACCUUUCUGUCGAGCAGCCAGCGACAAGUGUACGCCAGCGUCGAGAAACACCUCCGGUCGGGAUGGUCUCCGAGCCGGCAGAAGGUCGACUUGGUCGUACUGCGCACCCACCUGUCCGGCAGGGACGACGGCGACCCUUCGUGCAUCGUCACCGGGUCCAGCGUCUGGGGCCGCACGUUGGCCGACUAUCAGCCCAGCAUGGUGGACGCCCUGAACUACUUGGAGAAGAAGCUGAAGCCGAUGUCGUCCGAGUCGCUCUUCUUCGUCUCCAUGUCGGCGGCGGCUCGACGGUACGUCCCGGCAGCCCCGGUUGACAACGCCAAGGGCUUCGAGCCGGGCUCCCGUUGCAAGGCGUACGACGAGUCCGACUACGCGCGGGAGAUCGACAGCUUCGCCUCGGUCUGCGGCGACGCCGAAUACGCGGCGCACAUCGCGCGGGACGAGGCGCACGAGACCAUGCAUUCCUUCCGACUCAGUCCUCGCUCUGCGGUGACGUUCGACAGCGAGGAUACGAUAUUUGCAAAGAUGUGCAAGGCGCGGAAAAUGGUCGCCUCCGUGCCUUACGGUCUGGCCCUGUUCGACGCCGAGUUCGACGAUACUUCGAACGAGUGUUCCGCUACGAAUAAGUUCGGCAACUUCACCCUGGUCCGGGCGGCACGCAAGGCCAUCGAUUACGUCUACGGUGCUACGUUCACCAAGAAUUCCCAGUGCUCUCGCGCGCCAUAAGCAGAAAUGCAUGUGCCUGACUACGUGACUCAGCGUUUUCGUGAUGGCUUAGAAUGCGUUAAAGAUGUAACUUGCUCCGCUAAAGUUCUUUUUGUUACACAUAUCUAAUAGAACAGUUCGCCGUUCAUUAGCCGUUCACUUUUUCAUUGCCCAUGGGCUCUUUAGACAUACCUGGCUCUUGCGCUACGACGACGACGACGAC